AAAAGACACAUCUUUGUUGUCUCUAUCGUUACCAAAUAUGCUCUCUUUCAUACUAUUGACUGGUUUAACUGGUGGGGGUAUUUAUAAACCAUCUGCAGUAAAAUACAGCGUUCGCUAUCUGCCUUCUUGUUGACAUGGACUGGGGUGUCCGUUUCAGAUCCCUGUUCUGUCGCUAAAAAACAACUUCUUCGACACGCACAGACCGAACUAACACGGAUCUGAACGGUUCAGUCGGUGACUGUAUCAAAUAUAGCGUCGAUUAACAUCAUUUAAACGUUUAUUGGUAGUAAAUGACACGCCAAAAAAAUCGAUGAGUUGACAAUUCUGACAGGCAGAGGCGGGGAUACCUCUCCUCCGGAGGCGGGACAUAAUCAUAUUUCCACGGCGAUGCUCAGAUUCCAUUGGUCACGUUGAGGAGGUCGGGCCCCAGAGAGAACAGCUAUUGGUCGGAUGGUAUGUCGCUCAUGGCGUGUGUGUGUUUGCAGGGGCAUAUAAAGAGCGUGAAACUCAGCGAUAAAUAGCUAAGCUCAAGCAGUUGCAGAAACGUUUCAGAGUUUAGACGGCGAAAGAAAGAGAGAAAAAAAAGAAAGAAAGAGAGAACUCAGUAGCUUACAUACAUACAUACACAAAAAGAUAACUGAUCAGACAGGACGAAAAAAAAAUGUAAUGGUCUGACGCAAACGAUUUUUUUGUUUUUUGUUUUUCCUCCUUCGGAAGGGGUCUUUCAUAUCGAUGCCAUUGGCCGAGGCGCCCGCAGUGUCUCCCACAGGAUGAUCAGGAUGUCAUUGGACAAAGAGACUGUUCUACAGCGUGAUGGGCGGGGCGAUGCUGCUGUCCCAGAAGGCCCUGCGUCAGGAGGAGGAGGAGGGGAGGGGGGAGUGGACAGGGUGGGUGGGGUAAUGAUGUCCCCUCCUCCUCCCUGUCUGGGACCAACCGGAUUCACCGGAAGAAUGGUUCUAACGGAACAGCCACAUCCUCACGGCCCCAAAACAAGAAGUACACACCCCUUAAAGACCAAAAACGGCCUUCAGCCCCCCCACAACAACCCCCAGGUCUUCCCUCCGGGACAGCAGCAGCGAAUGGGGAAGCGGCGCUACUCUCUGGGCGGCAGCUUCAAGCACCCGGGCUUCGGGAAGCGUCGUCGCCGCGCCAACAGUGACAGUCAAUCGGAUCCCGUCCUUCCCUCCAACUUCCUGUUGGGCGGGAACAUUUUCGACCCGCUGAACCUCAAUUCUCUAUUGGAUGAGGAGGUGAGCCGCGCGCUGAACGCCGAGACGCCCAAGUCCUCGCCCCUACCGGCCCGGGCCAGAGACCCCGUAGAGAUCCUGGUCCCGCGUGACAUCACAGACCCCCUGAACCUGAAGAGUGGGGGAGGAGAGGGGGAGGAAGGGGGAGGGGUGCUGGUCUCCCCCAUGAAAAACAGGAAGCGACAUCGCAACCGUCACCACGGAGGAGGAGGAGGAGGAGGAGGGGGAGGAGGAGGAGGAGGAGGAGGGGGAGGAGGAGGAGGAGGGGCGCAGCCUGAACCCCCCACACAGCCUGAGGGGUCAAAGGUAGAAGCUGGGGGUGAUUCAGGGACAGGAGGUGAGGUGUUAGCUCUGUUCCCUGCUAGCGUUAGCGUCAGUGUUACCGGUGAGCUAGCUGCAGUACCGGAAGCUCCCAGAGAGGGCCUCUCCGAAAGCGUAGCGCCGCAGUCUCCUCUGCCUUACGAACUCAACACCACCAUUAACUGUCGGGAUGAGGUAGUUCCGCCCAUCCUGCCCCGGAGACACACCCACCCGCCACUCGGCUCCGCCUCUAAACCCCGUCCCCAUGGCGACGGAGCCCAUCGGCAGCGUAAACGAGGCGUACCACCUCAACGAGGCCCCACCCAACACCUUCCACACCCCCUGGUGCCAGGGUCAGGCCUCAGAGGUCAAAGGUUAGGGUCAGUGGUGGUAGGUCAGCAGCAGGCCCAGAGCUCCUUCCGUCACAAACCCCAGAAGAAGAAAAACACGUUCCAGCACGGCAACUACAGCCGUUACUACGGCUACCACGGUUACUACGGUUACCGCGAUGGGCAGGUGGGGCGGUUCGAGGACCCUCGUCUGGGCCUGCUUCGACCCGAUUGGUUCAGAGGGAAAACGGUGCUGGACAUUGGCUGCAGCACCGGUCACCUGACCCUGGCCAUAGCACGCCAUUUUAACCCGGCCCACAUCCUGGGUAUUGAUGUGGACGGGCGGCUGGUGCACGCCGCUAGGCAGAACAUUCGCCACUUCCUGUCCGAACGACUCACACAGGACGCCAGGGGUAGGGAGGAGGGGAUGGGGGAGAGAGGGGGAGAGAGUAAACAGAAAGCAGAGACAGCUGAGCAGAAUGAAGGAAGAACACAGAGAGGAACUAAGAUGGCGUCCGGUAUGGCUGAGAAGAAGAUGGAGGAGGAGGAGGGCCAGAACGAGAAGUGUAACGCUCUAGAGGAACUGAAGAGAACCCUGUCGUUGCUGUCGCCCUCGAGUGGCCCCCGGGGUGUAGGUCGCCCUCUCCCUCCGUUCCCCCUCUCCUUCAGGGUGUGUCGGGGUCCCAUCGCUGCUCCCCCCUCUUCCCCGCCCCCCCUGGCCCACGGAACACCUGGAACAUUCCCCAACAACGUCUCCUUCAUAACGGGUGAUUAUAUGGAGGACAGAGAACCAUGUCCUCAUGAUGGCGACGCCACCGCAGGAUAUGAUGUCAUCCUGUGUCUGGGCGUGACCAAGUGGGUCCAACUGCACGGUGGCGAUGGGGGCGUGGUCAGAAUGUUCAGACGGAUCUAUACACACCUACGACCAGGCGGUAUGCUCCUCCUGGAGUCACAACCCUGGAGCUCCUACUGCCGCAGCAAGAACAUCACGGAGACGGCGUACAGGAACUACUGCGAUAUCAGACUGAGACCUGACAACUUCUGUUGUUACCUCACCUCUACUGUGGGCUUCACCUGUUACAGACUGCUGACUGAUUCAGGAUUCCAGAGGCCAAUCUACCUGUUCCACAAAGGCCCCGCCCCCAGGAAGUGACUGGGUCAAGAUGUGACACGUGAGUGCCCGAAUGCACCGCAGGAAGUGGCCCGCUGCCGAGAGCGCUGUGCGGCUCCGUGGAAACUACCGCCCAGCUGCUAUGAUUGGUGGACGCUCACCACUACCUGAACUCUGGUGGAACGUGAUUGGAUGAGAGGAGUUUCUAAUGACUCAUAACUGAUUGAUCAGUCAGUCAGCCAGACUGACCAAACUAUUAAUCAAUGAUUAGUUAGUCAAGUCCAGCAGAUUGACAGAACUUUUAACAGACUGAACUAGAAACUUCUAAACCACACAUAGUUCACGGCCAUGGAGGACCCUCCUAUCUCUCUCCCUUCCUGGUUGAGCCCUCUGCAGAGCCAGUUUCACCCUCUCUGAUUCAAUCCCACUGAAUGAACAGGGGAGCCUGGAGGAGGAAGUAGAAACUAGAAACACAGAAGGAGCCAAGCGGGGCUUGAGUGUGUUUCUGCCAGUUCUUCCUCCAGUGUGUGUACGAGGAGGCAUGUUAUUAUAUAUAUGUGUGUGUGUGUGUGUUUCUGUGUGUAUGAGGGAGGUUGUAAUUGUGUGUGUGUGUGUGUGUGUGUGUGUGUGUGUGUGUGUGUAAUUAACAAGCUGAUGUUUCUUUAUUAAAGUGUUCUUCCUAGUGUGUGUUCUGAGAGGUGUGACUUCCUCCCUGCCUAAUGAGGUCAUUUCCUUCCAGACUCAUCCAUGUUUUAAACAGUAACCUGCUACAAUAAACUGUCUUCUUCUUCUGA